GAGGCGGCGUAUAUCUACGCCAUGACCUCGGCUGGGGUCACCUACGCCAUCACCCAAGCCUGCAGUAUCGGCAACUUAUCAACGUGUAGCUGUGACUCGACCAAGAAGGAAGGCGAGAUGACGUCAGAUGGCUGGAAGUGGGGCGGCUGUAGCUCGGACAUAAACUACGGCACCCAGCUGGCCAGGAAGUUCAUGGAUGCCAGAGAGAUUGCCAAGAAUGCUCGCUCUUUCAUGAACCUUCACAACAACAGGGCUGGUAGAAAGUCAGUCAAGAGCAACAUGAUCACGGACUGCAAGUGCCACGGCGUGUCGGGUUCCUGUACCGUCAAGACGUGCUGGACCACCCUCCCGCCGUUUCGGGCUAUUGGAGACGCUCUACGCAAACGUUACAAAAAGGCCAAACUCGUCGUCCCUUAUCUGGGCGGCCGGACACGAAGACCUAUCUCACUUUUUCUCAAACGGUCCAAACGGCCUCACCGGAAGCCCCGGCGUAGCCAUCUUGUCUACCUGGACAAGUCCCCCAACUACUGUGAUCACGACGAAUCCACCGGCUCCCUGGGGACCAUCGGCCGCUCGUGUAACCGGACCUCCAAGGGCCCCGACGGGUGCGACUUGAUGUGCUGUGGGCGGGGCUACAACACGCACCAGUACGUGCGCGUCUGGCAGUGCCACUGCAAGUUUUUCUGGUGCUGUCGUGUCGAUUGUGCUAAGUGUCAGAACAGGACUGAGCUGUACACGUGUAAAUAGCUGGCAACCAGCACCAUCACUACCACCGUGAUCAGAUACAACAGCCACCAUCAGCACCACCGAUAAUAGACGACAUCUACCACCAGCAGUGUAUAGACUGGACUAUAUCAACUAUUCGAAUCAAACUUUAAAGCAAUACUUAUGCAUUGUAUGACAUAACUUUCACCCCAUCAACAUUUAGUUGCCAAUGUUUGGUUUCUGUAUGGUAUUUAUUGCACGACAUAUUCAAUCGUAAGCAUAAUCUUUUAAUACGAUCGUAUCGUGUGUUGUUUUACGGCUGCCUUGUAAGCCGUAUGUUAGCAGCCAUUUAAAAUGUGUGUAAACAAUCAUACAUGCUGUCCUGGUAAAAAGCCAUGUAAGAUGUGUAAGCAGACAUGUAAGCUGUCAUGUGUUUAAGCUAUGUAAUCUGCCUUAAGACGCAGUGUAAAUCAAAACUUGCCUGUUUUCUUAUUUCACGAACUUGCCUGUAACAUGACGAAUCAUUACUGU